AUGGCCGCACAGACGAUCCACAUUGUUGGGUCCAAAUCCAUUGAACGACAAGCCUCGCCAGCCUUCUACAGCCAGAAUGAGUUCACGAUCAGCGAUCCGACGCUUGCGCUGGCGAUAUCUUCCACGAGCCACCAUCUGGGUCCACCAUGGUGCAAGCUUUUCCGUAGACUGGCUGCCGAUGGUGUCGGACUACGACAAAUCUACGUGUAUUGGGAUUCAGAGACGACAUUUGGGCAUUUUGGAGGAGGGGCUGAUGUCGAGGUUGUUCGGGCAUUGGCGGAGAUCCGAGGCCUGCAAAAGCUGGAGAUCGAUGGAUUUUUCGCGAAGGAGUGGCCCGCAUAUUUGCAAGGAAAGACAGGUUUGACGGUCUGGAGUCCUCAUGGAAAGAAGGCUUGGUAUUAUCAAGAGCUGAGGAAGUUCCAGCGAAAUACCCCAGACCUGGCACCUUGA